AUGGCUCACCUCGGGCAGUAUCACCACCACAACCAUGGCGACAGUCAUUACAACCAACAACAACACCAGCAAGCACAGCAGCAGCAGCGGCCUGCCGUGCCCAUCUCCAUCACCAUAUGCGGCGACGGCGGCUGCGGCAAGUCGUCCAUCACGCUGCGCCUUGUGCGCUCGCAGUGGACCUCCGAGUAUGACCCCACCAUCGAGGACUCGUACAGCGUCACGCGCCGCAUCGACGGUGCCACAUAUCACCUCUCCUUGACCGACACGGCCGGCCAGGAGGAAUAUCGCGGCAUGUGGGCCUCCUCAAACCUGGGCGCGGACGCGUUCCUCCUUGUCUACGACAUCACGUCGCGCGACUCCCUCGACGCCCUGCAGUACUUUGACGAUCUCAUCGACAUGGAGUCUGAGACGCGGCUCGAUAACGCCGAGCGCGCGCGCCGCGCCGGCAUGCCUCCGUCCAACAUAGUGACCGCGGCCGGCCUGGACGCCGGCGGCGAGGGCGGCGCCAAGACGGUCCCGCCCGUCAAGAUUGUUGCCGGUAACAAGUGCGACCUUCAGGAGAGCAGGCAGGUGCCCGCGGCGCAGGGGCUCGAGUGGGCCCGCCGCCGGGGCUGCGGCUUCAUGGAGACGAGCGCCCGCCUCGAGGUCAAUAUCGAAGAGACUUUCGCGCUCAUUGUCCGCCGGGUGAUUGAGCGCCGCCGCCUCGCCGCCAUGGGCAUAUUCGACAACACAGAGAUGAAUGCCCGCGGCAUGACCAAGCCGCUGACGCCGCUGCCUCCGGGCCACGACGACGACGACGACGGGAGCGGCGGGAUCGGCGGCGACGGAGUCGGCGAGAAGCGUGUGCCUCGCCUGCGCGGGCCAAGGCUGCCCGGACACCGCCUGAGCCGUGGGCCUGGUGGUUUCUGGAGAACGCUGCGGUGCUGGUGA